CCCGGGCAGAGGGUAAUGCCGGAAGGACACGGGCAGCUCUGGGCGCUGGGGGCGACACUCCCGCCUCCCCGGUCCCGCCGCCGCGCAGCCCUCGAUGGUGCGGCAGCUUCCAGCGGCCCAGGCGGGGCGGAGGGGGAGCAGCAGGGCGGGGAGGCGCCGCGGGGGCAGAGAAGGGCAGGGAGGCGUCUCCGGGGCAGAGAAGGGCAGGGCCGGGCCGGGCCGGGCGGGGCGGGGCGGCCGCCUCCGGGAAGACAGCCCAGCCCACCAGGUCCUCUCCCCUCCGCCCUGGACGGCGGCGGACUGGGCGGCCGCCGGCCGGGGCUGCAUGGGGCUCCCGCGCGGCCCGCUCUUCUGGCUGCUGCUCCUACUCGCGGCUGCCUGCUCGGGGAUCCUCUUCGCCUUGUUCUCCGCCGGGAGGCCGUACCCGGAGCCCCGGUCCCGAGCCAGAGCCGUCCCUGCCGACACCCACUUUAUCUCGCCAUUCAGCGGCACCCCCACUUCCGGAGUCUGUUUGAGUUCUCCAUUCCAGUGCUGCUGUCAGGGGACCUCUUCACCCAGGAGCUCUGGGACAGCCUCAGCCAGCACAAAGCUCCCUACGGCUGGCAGGGGCUCUCCCGCCAAGCCAUCGCCUCCACCCUGAGCCUUCUGAAUGGCUCCGAGAGCGCCCAGCUGUUUGUGUCCAGGGAGCAGCCUCCAGACUGCAUCCGGUGUGCCGUGGUGGGUAAUGGUGGCAUCCUGAAUGGUUCCCACCAGGGUCAGAACAUCGAUGCCCACGACUAUGUGUUCAGACUCAAUGGCGCUGUGACCAAAGGCUUUGAGGACGAUGUGGGCACCAAGACCUCCUUCUAUGGCUUCACUGUGAAUACCAUGAAGAACUCCCUCAUCUCCUACUGGAAACUGGGCUUCACCUCUGUGCCACAAGGACAGGACCUGCGUUAUAUCUUCAUCCCCUCAGACAUCCGCGACUAUGUGAUGCUGAGAUCAGCCAUUCUGGGUGUGCCUGUCCCCGAAGGUCCUGAUAAAGGGGACUGGCCUCAGACCUAUUUUGGACCAGAAGCCUCUGCCAGUAAAUUCAAGCUUCUCCAUCCAGACUUCAUCAGCUACCUGACAGAGAGGUUUUUGAAAUCAAAGUUGAUUAACACAAAGUUUGGAGACCUAUAUAUGCCUAGUACUGGGGCCCUCAUGCUGCUAACAGCUUUGCAUACCUGUGACCAGGUUAGUGCCUAUGGAUUCAUCACAAGCAACUACUGGAAAUUCUCGGACCACUAUUUCGAACGAAUCAAGAAGCCACUGAUAUUCUAUGCAAACCACGAUCUGUCCCUGGAAGCUGCUCUGUGGAGGGACCUGCACGGAGCUGGCAUCCUCUGGCUGUACCAGCGCUGACCCCGAAGCACCCGAGCCCUUUGUUCUUACAGAGCUGCGGCCCACGUCCCCUCAAGUGACCAAAACCACCUUCUUGUUUUCUCAACCUGUGAGAGGGGCGUCAACUCCCCUAGAUCCACUCCCUCCCUACAGAUGACAUUAAGAGGUGUAUGUGACUGACAUUGAAACCUAUUGUGAGACACCCCGUGUUGUCCGUGGCUCAUCCAGGAAAACUCCAGAGGGGUCUGGCUCUGAGACAGACACCCCGACAUUGGUCAAGGAAAAAUGAACUGCUCUGCUGGAUUUGUUUUAGAACCAAAGAUAACACUCCCACGAGGAGACUGUGACCCUCACCAGCAAGGAGCAGGUUACGUCAGAUCUAAGCAUCUCAAAGGCAGCAGGCGGUCCUGAGUGACUUCAGCAAGUCAGCGGAGCAGCUCAGUUAAUCAAGACCAGACGUUACAGUUGUACACUCCCCAGCCAAAACCUUCCCACCAGCACGUACUGCCCAAUGCGAACUCCAAAGCAAUUCGACUUAAAGACACAUCUUAACCUGAGAACAUGACCGACUUACUUGAUAAAAUGAGAGUACAAUAGGCAGAACGUAAUUUGAAACUAGGUAAAUUGAAUAAAUGAUGGAGACCA